AUGAAGGGAAAAAUUGGAGUGAACUGUUGUUUUUUCCUAUUUUUGUUCUGUUGCGUGGUGUCUGAAAAGAUUGGCCCUCAGAAGAAGAAAAAAAAUUUAGAAGAAGAUGCUGCACAUAUGCUUAUGAAGAAGUUGGAAAAAUUGUACAAACUUAAUGAAACAAAUAAUGGUGAAAUUUUUAACAAAGAAAUUGAAUCAUUAAAAAAGCAAAUUGAAGCACUGCAUCAGGGGAAGGUAGACAGUUCCGAGGGAAACAUUGCACAGCUGCUAGAAAAUGAAUCAAAAGAUGAGUUUGGCCAAAAAACCAUUUUCGGUAUGGAUGAAGAAGAUUUGGACAACUACGACGCAGAUUUUAUUGGACAGAGUAAAGGAAAAAUCAUGGGUCAGUCUGGAGAAAUUGUUGCAGUACAGGGAAAUGAUACUGAGCAAGUUCAGGAAGUUAAAAGUGAAUCACUUGCUUCACCUGCAGAAGAUCAAACAGAUGAAGAAUCAAUUGUAGUAAAGAGCCCAGGAGGCAGUGUCGAAGUGGGACUAGAGAAUGUUCAAAAUCCCCAAACUGUGCAACAAGAAGCAGUCCCCGUAACAGGAUCAACGGAAGGUCAGCGUGCGGAUCAAUCAGCAGAUGGUCACACUCAAGUAGAACAAGUAACACAACCUGAGGCAGACAGUUCACGAUCAUCUGCAGUAGGAAAUCCUGGAUCACCUGAAGUAAGCGGUACAGAACAACCUCAAGAAGGCGGUUCAAGACAACCUGCUGCAUCUGCCGAGGUGCCUAGUGAACCAGCAGCAAUCCCUCCUGCAACCCCUCCCGCAGCAUUAGACAGUGCAAAGGAAUCUAAAAUUAAGUACUUGGAUAAAUUAUAUGAUGAAGUUCUAACUACUUGCGACAACAGAAGUGGGAUAAAUGCCCCUGAUUAUCACAGUAAAUAUAACACGAUUAAGACGAAAUAUGAAUUAAGUAUGAAUCCAGUGGAAUAUGAAAUUGUGAAAAAUAUGUUUAAUGCUGGCUUUAAGAAGGAAGAUGAUAUGAAUACCAAUCCUCUUGUGGACAUUUUCAAAAAGGUACUUACAGAAGAGAAGUUCCAAAACGAAUUUGACAAUUUCGUGAGUGGCUUAUAUGGAUUUGCUAAACGUCAUAAUUAUUUAAGUGAAGAACGAAUGAAGAAUAAUACAGAAAAUACUAAUCUGGUAGAAAACGCGAUAAAUCUGCUUAACACGAUUGAAGUAGUGUAA